ACUCGACCAGAAAUUGACAUUCUUAACGAAACUGUCAAUGUGUUUAUCAUUGAUAACCCCAGUUCAAUCUAUAUCCCUGCUGGUGCUUCUUUGGCAAGACCGGAUCCACCUAAUUUUCUAAGUCAGUACCAAAUGAUAGCAGGCUCAGAUUAUGCUCAGCGGACUAGCCUUGUCAAUCUCAGUGACGACUAUUUAGUUAUUAGUGAAGAGAUGAGAAUCCUCUGCUCCAAUCAGACAAUCUAUGACGAUUUAAAUUUGGAGCGAAAUGAAUACAUGGGCCUGACACUGAGAGUCAGAGAUAAUGAAAUUACAACAGUUUUUACAGAGGUGGAGCCAACAUAUGAUCAAACUUCCAUACUCAUUGUGGACAAUGACAAGGCUGUGGUUGGUCUCGAAAGAACAUCCUACAAUUUAUCAGAGGGGAAUGAACUAGUGGAACUUUGUGCUGUUGUAGUUCAUCCUGACAUAAUGUGUCCCAUUACUUUUCCUUUUAAUCUUUCCUUCUCGAUGGCUGAAGAUUCCAGAGUGCUCUUCUUUGAUGUUUGUGAAAGAAGAGUGUGUGUACAAUUGCACGUUAGUGUUGAGAAUUUCACAUUCCAAGUGGCGAGAACUGAAGGUCUUGAUACUAGAAUCAGUCUUAGUACCGUGGCAGGGGACUGUGGUGAUCCACCUGAGGUUGAAAAUGGACUGAUAUCAUACAUCUCUUUCAACGCAACUACAACUGUCACCUAUGAGUGUGCUGAUGGCUAUUACUUGCAAGAAGGCAUUGAAUAUAGUACUUCGCGAACUUGCCUUACCAGUGGAAAUUGGUCAAAAGAAAACAUAUUGUGCAAUGCUGAAUGUGGUGAUCCUCCUGAAUUGCAAAAUGGAGGGAUAUCAUACUUGGAUAAAACCUUUGUGUCAUAUGACUGCAUUGGUGGUUAUCAAUUUCAAGAGGGAGUUGGAUACAGUACAUCUCGAACUUGCCUUACCAGUGGAAAUUGGACGAAUGAGACUAUCUUAUGUAAUGUUGACUGUGGUAACCCUCCUGAGCUGCAGAAUGGAGAAGUAUCAAUGAACACAACUACUGAGAAUUCCGUUGUCACUUACAAGUGCAUUAAUGGUUACCAUUUUCACGAAAACAUCACUUCACGAACCUGUCUUGCUAGUGGAAAUUGGACAGAAGGAAACAUCUCAUGUAUAAAAAUCGAUGAUAAUUACUGUGAAGGCAGUGAUUGUGGGCUCAGUGCUGGUGUCCUGGCAGCCAUAAUCUGUGGAGCGGUUUUUAUUCCCCUGUCAUGUCUUGUUGCUGUGGCCGGCUGUGUAGUGAGACUUAGACUGCGAAAGUUAAAGAAAUCCGAAAAUAUUUUGUCCCUUACUUCAACUGAAGCAAGCACUCUACCUCUACAUCAUACUAAUACUAACCAAUCUCCAGUUCAACAACUGCGGGAAGAGCUCAGAACAAAGAACAUGCUUAUCCCAAAGAGCCAACUUCGGCUAGGCCGAGUAGUUGGUCAAGGAGAAUCAGGGAUAGUGUAUUGUGGAUACAUGAAAAGCAUUCGAGGGAAUGAGGUUGUUGCCGUAAAAACCGGCAAAGCUCUAUUGGCAGUGAAGGACAAGGAUCGACUAUUGAAAGAGGUUUUGCUGAUGCUCAAUUUUAAUCACCCCAAUGUGAUGUCGCUCAUUGGGUUGUCAUUUGAAGGAGAGACGCCCCUGCUCAUUAUGCCAUUCAUGUCUAAGGGCAAUGUUCUGGGGUAUGUUAGAGAGCACAGGGAAACUCUCUUCCUUACAGACAUCGACCAUGAGAAGGUACAAGAAGCCACAAAGACAGGUCUGGGAAUGUGCUACCAGAUAUCCAAAGGGAUGGCUUACCUUGCAAAGUUCAAGUUUGUUCACCGUGACCUGGGCCGCAAGGAACUGCAUGAUUGAUUGGAACGAUGUCAUUAAAGUCUCUGACUUUGGACUGACUGAGGACAUCUACAGCUACAACUAUUUUCGCCCCAAGAGCACUAAGGGGGAUGAGGAGAAACUCCCUAUCAAGUGGAUGGCACCAGAGAGCAUUGAAACAAACAUUUUUAAUGAGACCACUGAUGUUUGGUCAUUUGGAGUGACAUGUUGGGAGGUGUUCACAUGUGGAGGAGUGCCGUAUGCUGGGGUCCCAGUCACCACUCUACUGAGUGAGCUGCGCUCUGGACACAGACUCGAUCGACCCAGCAACAUCUCCUGCUCUGAUGACAUAUGGUCAGUUGUGACCUCAUGCUGGUCGGCCAGUCCUCAGGAGAGACCAAGGUUUGCCACUCUAGUCAACACCCUCACUGACCUCCUGGACAGUGACUCCAACUACGUCAAGCUACUGGGAUAGAAUUGUGUAUAUACUUGUUAUGCUCACUGACUUAAAAUUACAGUUGAUGAACCUUAAUUGUUAUUCACAUCCACUAAACCUUGUCUGUAUGUUCUGUAUACUCGUACAUCCAUUAGAUCACUAAAGAGCACUUUUCACAUAAACCGCUGAGGAAAUUUAUUAGCGCUUAUCUGCAUCCG